GUGUAAUAUUUUAGGAAUCCACAGAUGAGAAAACAUACUUCAUCAAAAUCCAUGUUCCAUGGGAGGUAAUGCUCAGAUACGCUGAGAUGAUGAGAAUGAAAAUGCCUAUUAAGGAAAAUGACAUAGACCCCACAGAUGACUCUGAGAAGACUUGCCCCAAUCCAUUUGCUGUGGAUGAGGACAUCAUAAAGCCAGAACCCAAUUAUUUCACAGCUGCCUUUGACAGAGAGAGGAUGAAACAAGGGAUGUUCGUGAUCAAAGACAAAGAAUCCUUUUUCACCAACGCUCAGCGUAGUCGUGUGGCCUAUGAGAUACUUGCAAGGAUGAGAUACGAUGACACUGAUAGAGACAAAUUUGGCAUCAAAAGGUUGAUAAAUAAUGGAUCAUUUGCAGCAGCUUACCCACUGCAUGAGGGCAAGUAUAAGACGGAACAUUCUGUGCUAACCUGGGGAGCUGACAAUGAGAGAGUACUACUAUUUGAAGAAUGGGCCAGACCUGGAAGAUGGUACAAAUACCAGCCUUUGGAUCUGAUCAGGAAAUAUUUUGGAGAGAAAAUAGCCAUCUACUUUACAUGGCUGGGUUACUACACCAUGAUGUUGAUUCCAGCUUCCAUAUGUGGCUUGGUGGUCUUUAUCUAUGGACUAGCUACUCUGAGCACUGACAUACCAAGCAAUGAGAUCUGUGACCGGAGUGGGCCAGGAAACAUUACCAUGUGUCCACUGUGUGACAAGAACUGUUCCUAUUGGAGACUCUACUCCAGCUGCAGGUACUCCAUGGUCACAUACUGGUUUGACAACUAUGGAACCAUGGUGUUUGCUGUAUUUAUGGCAGUAUGGGCCACCAUGUUCCUUGAAGGUUGGAAGCGGAAGCAGGCUGAGAUAGAGUAUGAGUGGGAUGUGGCACAUUUUGAGGAGGAGGAGGAAACCGUGAGACCAGAAUUUGAAGCUACAGUUCGCCACAAGAAGAAGAAUCCAGUUACCCAGACAGAUGAACCAUUCCUUCCAGCAUGGAGCAAGUGCUUUCGAUAUGUCACAGCGUUCUCUGUCAUUCUCUUCAUGCUGUGCUUGGUUCUGGCUGCUGUGUUUGGUGUGAUCAUCUACAGGAUUGUCAUAGUGACACUGUUCUACUCCACUCCUGACCAGCUGGUGGCAGAGAAUGCAAGACUGGCCACCACAGCCACUGCAGCAGUCAUCAACUUGGUGGUUAUCAUGAUACUUAACAGGCUUUACCAAUUCGUUGCACUUGGUCUUACAAACAUGGAGCUCCAGAGGACACAGACAGAGUGGGAAGACAGUUUCACAUUCAAGAUGUUCUUGUUCCAGUGUGUCAACUUUUAUGCCACACUGUUUUAUAUUGCCUUCUUCAAAGGACGGUAAGUGCACAUUUUGACAAUCGGUUUAGUAAGCUCUUUUAUUGGAAAGUUUUGAUUAAAAGGUCCAUGCCAAGUAUAAGGAAAAGCAUGUUGUGAUUAACUGUAUUACAUUAGUGUUAAUAAAAAACAUUGUUGUGAUACAGUUAAAGGGAUAAUAACACUUCGUAUGAGAUCUAUAGUUCACAG